UAGAGGAUGAAGACGGAGGGCACGUGGUCUGUUUUGUUUAACGUGUGAAUGUUUAAAAAUGUCUUCGGUCCAGCUUAAACAAGUUCAUGAACAAGUGGUUAAGUGCUGCGGAAGAAACAUUCACAGAGUUUAGCGAAAUAACCGUCGAGUCGGAGGAAGAGAUGGACGAUCAGCGCAGACUGCUGGCUUUUUCCCGGACUCCCCAGAUAAUCUUACACCGAAUAGAUUGCCAACGACAUAACGUUUAUAAGAAGCUAUGUGACCUGAAGAGGAGCUCCACUCUGGACCAGGAGGAGUUAGAACCUCUGCAGGGGAAACAAGAACAGGAAGAGCCAGAUGAUCAACAGAGAAAAGAAGAGCAGGAGGAUCUAAAACAUCAGCAGAUAAAAGUGGAAGAGAAAGAAGUUUACUGCAGUCAGAGUGAAGAACAGGUUGCAUCAAAACAGGAGACUGAUACCUUCAUGGGGUCUACUGUUUAUGUGCAAACACAAGACUCUGAAUCAGAACCAAACGGGAACCAAGUCAACUUCCAGGAAGCUCCUGCAGCUGAGAAGAAAAAUCAGGAAAGAAGCAAACCUUUCUCAUGUGUCAUCUGUGAAAAACGUUUCACUGCCAAAUAUGCCCUCAAUGAUCAUAUUAUAAUUCACACCGGUGAAAAGGCGUUUCCAUCUGUGAACUGUGGAAAAAGUUUUAGUCAAAAGCAUCAUUUAACUCGGCACAUGAUGAUUCACACCGGUGAAAAGCCGUUUUCAUGUGUGAACUGUGGAAAAAGUUUUAGUCAAAAGCAUCAUUUAACUCGGCACAUGAUGAUUCACACUGGUGAAAAGCCGUUUUCAUGUGUGAACUGUGGAAAAAGUUUUAGUCAAAAGCAUCAUUUAACUCAGCACAUGAUGAUUCACACUGGUGAAAAGCCGUUUUCAUGUGAGAACUGUGGAAAAAGUUUUAGUCAUAAACAGAAUUUAACUCAGCACAUGAUGAUUCACACUGGUGAAAAGCCGUUUUCAUGUGGGGACUGUGGAAAAAGUUUUAGUCAUAAACAGGAUUUAACUCAGCACAUGAUGAUUCACACUGGUGAAAAGCCGUUUUCAUGUGGGGACUGUGGAAAAAGUUUUAGUCAUAAACAGAAUUUAACUCAGCACAUGAUGAUUCACACUGGUGAAAAACCGUUUUCAUGUGGGAACUGUGGACAA